AUGAACAUCUGCCCACUUGUGUGCGACGAAUAUCCUUCCCCCUUUUUCGAAACAUAUUCUGUUAUGUACAAGUUUCAACACAAAGCACAGUCAGGAACCGGAACUGCUAUUAUUGGUACUGUCGGUAGACCGGAAUGUUUUGGAGGUCGCACGAAAAUCCAGUGUGAGUUUUACAGCAGGAAGAAAGAACAGAUUGUCAACUGUCAGUUCUCUGUUUGGUAUCCUUUAUUCAAGAAACAUACUAUUAAGAGCUUGAUUCUACCUAUACCUCAAAAUGUAAUUGACUACUUAUUAGACGAUGGGACACUUGUGGUUUCUGGCAGCACUCAGCACACACAGGCUAACAACAGUGACUCGGAUGAGGAGGACAUUCAGUGGACUGAUGAUGAAACCACAACAACAGUUAUGGCCCCAGAAUUUCCAGAGUUCAGCAUAAAGGUGCAGGAGGCAAUAAAUGUUCUGGGUGGGCGUGUCUUUCCGAAACUGAACUGGAGUGCCCCUCAGGAUGCCAACUGGAUUGCCUUGAACAGUUCCUUACAGUGUCAGAGUCUAAGUGAUAUCUUCCUUCUUUUUAAAAGUUCAGAUUUCAUCACACAUGACCUCACACAACCAUUUCUUCAUUGUAGUGACGAUUCUCCAGAUCCAACCAUAAACUAUGAGUUGGUUUUGAGAAAAUGGAGUGAGCUCAUUCCAGGAGGAGAAUUCCGCUGCUUUGUGAAAGAAAACAAACUAAUUGCAAUCUGUCAGAGAGAUUACACACAACAUUACCAGCACAUUGCCAAACAGGAGGCCAGCAUCUGCUCCUCUGUUCUGCUGUUCUUCAGGGACCACGUUCAAUAUCAGUUCCCAGACGAGGACUUUGUCAUGGAUGUUUACAGAGACAGCUCAGGACGUGUAUGGUUGAUUGACUUAAACCCUUUCGGUGAGGUCACAGACUCUUUGCUCUUCACGUGGGAGGAGCUAACCUUUGGGAAUAACCUCACAGCCAAUCAGGCACAGGCAGAAGUUGGACCUGCCUUUCGGUGGACCGCAAGUGAAGUCACUGUGCAGCCCAGCCCAUGUCUGUCCUACCGAAUCCCACAAGACUUCCUGGACCUGACUUCUGGAGAAGAUGCAUAUAAACUCAUCGAUUUUUUAAAGCUAAAGAGGGGUCAGCAGCAGGAGGAGGAGGAGUCUGAAGAAGAAGGGGCAGGGCCUCAGUUAUAGAUGAGCAAAGAUGCUGUGUCAGUAGUAUUUAGUUCACCCAAAAAUUAACACAAAUGAAGAUUUAUAUCUCAGCCCUGUAGGUCCUGUAAAUCUUUUAAAAAUCUUUGUUUGUGUUCCACUGAAGAAAAAAAGUAAUGUGUUUUACAGCAUUUACUUUUUUGGGGUAGAUCACCACAAGUAGGAUUGAGCACUAGCUGUUUUUAGGUGUUGAGUAAAACAAAUUAAUUUUCUAUCAAAUGCUUACUCACGCCUCUCUGUUGCAGAAGACAUUUUUAUGUUUUCUAUCCACAAUAGUGCUUACACACCUCAUAAAUUAAAAGUGCAAUACAUUUAAUACUGUGAAAAAGAUGAUGCUCCUGUGUAAAUCAUGCAAAAUAAAAAAUAGACAAUAUAAUAAUAACCAGU